CUCAUCUUCAUCAGAGCUUUUCUUCAUCACAGCUCGUCCUCAUUGCAGUUUGUCUUCAUAGCAGCUCGUCUUCAUCGCUGAUUAAGUCAUCGCCAACUUCUGAACCAACAUGAACCCAAAAAAUGUUGUUUUCAAGAAGAUUUGCAAGGACAAGUCGGUUGGAGUUUACAUGGGGAGACGAGACUUUGUGGACCGAGUGGACUCCGUGGAUCCAGUGGAUGGCGUCAUCCUGAUCGAUCCCGAGGCUCUGCAGGGGAGGAAAGUGUUCGUCACCCUGUCCUGCACCUUCCGCUACGGCAGAGACGACAUGGACGUGAUGGGCAUCGCCUUCCGCCGGGAGCUGUACCUGUGCACCCGCCAGGUGUACCCGGCGCUGCAGGACCGCGAGAAGGGAACCCACACCAGGACGCAGGCCAAGCUGCUGCGCAAGCUGGGACAUGAUGCCUACCCGUUCUUCUUCGAGUUUCCCGACAACCUGCCUUGCUCAGUGGCUCUCCAGCCGCCGGCCCACGAUGUCGGAAAGCAAUGUGCCGUGGAGUUUGAGGUCCACGCGUUCAGCGCCGAGAGCCAAGACGCCAAGAUCCGUAAACGGAGCUCCGUGAAGCUGACCAUCAGGAAGGUGCAAUACGCUCCAGAGACGGAGGGCGCGGCCCCCUCCGUGGAGACCACGCGGGACUUUGUCAUGUCGGACAAACCGCUGCACGUCAAGGCCAGUCUGGACAAAGAGAUAUACUACCACGGCGAGCCCGUCAAAGUGCACGUCAGCGUGACCAACCACUCCAGCAAAGCCAUCAAGAACGUGAUUGUCUCUGUGGAUCAGGUCUCCACGGUGGUGUUGUACUCCAACGACAGCUACAUCAAAUCUGUGGCCAUCGAGGAACCCGGGGAUUCGGUGUCUCCAGGAGCGACUCUCCAGAAGACCUACACCUUGCUGCCUCUGCUGGCCAACAACCGGGAGAGGAGGGGCAUCGCCCUGGACGGAAAGCUGAAGCACGAAGACACAAACCUGGCUUCAUCCAGCAUUGUCAAGGACGGUGUGCUGAAGGAGGUGAUGGGGAUCAUGGUUUCAUACAGAAUCAUGGUGAAGCUCAUCGUUGCAGGGAUGAUAGGAUCGAGUGAGGUCGGUCUGGAAAUUCCCUUCAAACUGAUGCAUCCUAAACCUGAUGCAGUGAAGGAGAGGUAAAGAAAAGGACGCCUGUGAUGUUCCUGUUUGUUGCUCCUCCCUCACACUGCUGUCCUCCGCAGCGAGCUGGAGGAAGAGAUGGAGUUCCAGGAGUUCAAGCGCUCCUACCUGAAGGGGAUGAACGAGGACGAGGACGAGGAGGGAAAUGUGUCGGGCGGCGACGACAUCGCGCCCAAAGAGAAAUGAAGAAGAGAUACGGCCGCCAUGACGCCUCAGAGUUUGUGCUAGGAAGAAGUCAACGCUUAAUUAAAGGGUCCUACUUAGUUCUUAGAACAUUUAGGCAUAACAGCGCUUUGAAUAUUUGUGUUUUGUGGCAGUAGUUAAUUAAUUAAGGUUUACUGAGGUCGCUCAUGUGAUUGGACAAAAUGCAGUUUGAACUGUGAGCCAAUAAAAGGUAAAUCCAU